GCGGAGGCGGCGGCGCAAGCCGCGUCACCAGCAGCGAGGGCGGCGUGGAGGGCGGGGCCGUCGCCUUGGCCCCAGCGGCGCCCACGGUGCCAGACAACACGCAGAUGUACGAAGCGGUGGCAGCCGCCGUCGCGCAGGCCUAUCUGGCGCAUUGCGGCUACACGGAAGAACGCACCCGCUGCCUCAUGGCGCGCAAGCCCAUCGCCGCGCAACCGCCCCCGCCUCCGUCAGUGCAGCAGGGUUCGGAGCCUGAAAGCCCCGAAGCGGCUAGUUCCACGGCCGAAUCGCUAGAGCAGCAGAAGGCUUGGCUCUGGAUGCAGUUCGCUGCGCAUGUCACUCCCAGCGUACAGAGGGUAGUGGAAUUCGCGAAGAGAGUGCCCGGUUUCUGUGAGCUCAGUCAAGAUGAUCAGCUGAUCUUGAUCAAAGUAGGUUUCUUUGAGAUGUGGCUGACACAUGUGUCACGACUGGCAUCUGAUUCAGCACUUACCUUUGCUGAUGGAGCCUACAUCACUCGGCAACAAAUGGAACUCAUGUAUGAUCCUGAAUUUGUUGCAUCCUUGUUCCACUUUUGCCGAUCACUCAGCAUGUUGGCUUUGGGGGACACAGAAACUGCAUUGUUUUCAGCUACAGUGCUGUUGUGUGCUGACAGACCAGGUCUCACAGACAGUAAAACCAUUGAGCGCCACCAUGAUCAUCUGGUUGAGACUCUUAAACUUCAAGUUUCUCGCCUUGGUGCAGAGCCUGGUCUGGCUAAUGCAUUAUUGCUGGGAAAACUCCCAGAACUGCGAGGUCUGGGAGUAAAACACCUUGAGCAACUUGACUGGUUCCGCCUUCAUUGGGCUCAACUUCGCCUGCCACCUCUCUUCGCAGAAAUAUUUGACAUUCCUAAAUGCGAAGAGGAUCUGCAAUAAAAAAUUGCAGACAAUUUGAAGUCGCAUGUCUCGUGAUAGCAGACUGCAAAAUGGAAUGAACAAUCAGUUGAUUGCAUCAUCAUUAGCAUCAUCUUUUUCAAGAGCUCUCUUGGAACUAGAGCUGGAAGAGGUUAAGUAAGCAAGAUUUGAAGGAUUUGUAGAAAAGUCCAUGUACAAAGGUUGAUGACAAUCUUCAUACAAUAUAAAAGCAUUUGUAGGUAUAAUCAGAAGGUCUCCAAUCUAAUAGGGCCCCAAUCAACACUAUUUGAUUUCACUGACUUUCUUCUGCUGUGUUUUAUCUCCAUUGAUAAUGAAAACUGAAUGUAAAUAAUACAGUGUCACAAUUUCUGAAUUUCUGAUGGUUUCUAUUCAUAUUUUACCUGAACAAUGUAUUAUAACUUUGCCGUAGAGUAAAUAACUGCAAUUCAUUGAAGAAAUGCAGAGUUUGCAUAAUUGUUUUUGAAAGUUUAACAACAAUGUCAAGUUGUCUGGCCCUUAGCCUCAAUAUUUGGUGAACCAAGCCUUCUGACACCUUAGCUGCUCAAGUCUCCCACUAUUUAAAAUAUAAACUUGUAUACAACCAUUUUGUCAUUACUAUUAAAAGUUGAUCAUCUCUUUUCCAUGGUCACGUCUGGUGAACGUUCAGACUAUUUUAUUGUAAUUGUCAUAAAUCGUUACUUAUUGAUAUUGUUGUAAUUGGUCGUACUUUCUAAUUCAGUGUAUCAUAUUUGCUGUGAACAUUAUGUCUUUUGGUUUUAUAAUCAUUCAUUAUUACGUGUGAGUGGGACUACUUUCUUUUUGCUACAGUGGGACUUAUGGAACACUGGGCCUCCAGACAGAGACAGAUGAGUUUGUGUAUCAAAGUGUUGUUUAAUGUGUGGGGGCUGCGACUGUUUGGUUGGGACCAGAGGCCUGCAGUCUGCCUGGUUCUUAACUUUCCCGCUCCCUGCUCUCUGCAUGGAAGCUGGAUACAGCUACAUGUACUGACUGUCAUGAGCCCAUGCUCUCUCUCACCAUUUCUUGCUCAAUUGUUAGUGCCGAUGCAAUACAAUAGGAACUACUUGUUGUUGUACUCAGCUUGUCUACACUACUCAGUCGUGUCGUGUCUACUAUAUUUUUUUAGUAUCACUAGGUGCAGCUAUGAUCUGUCAGAUAGGCCUACAAGAUCUUCAGAGAAUAAUUAUUCUUACUUUAUUUAUAGUGUUACAACAUGAACAUGCCAUAUGGUGCAUGAGAAAACAUAUCAAUAUAUAAACUUAGCAAAGCCUUCAUAUUAAUCUGGCUUGCAGCUAAGAUAUUCCUCUUGAAAAAAUAUAUUAUAUAUUACAAUGUAUAUUUGAUGUUGUGUAGUUGUAAAUAUUUAUUAAUAGAAGAUUUUAAAAGUUAUGAUUAUAAUUAAAAUAUUUAUAAAUAUUACGGGAUAUGGAGUAUAUUGUGAUCUAUCUCUGGGGUAAGUUGCUCUAUGUAUAAUAUAGAACAAAUCAACCAUAUCAAUAAAAUGACAGGAAUAUCUGCCAGGAAACAAGUUUUGCUUGCUUUCUUCAAUAUUAUAAAUAAGUAAAGAAAUAUGUUUAAAAAUAUGAGAGAUUUUCAUCACAUAAUGUGUUCAUUGUCAUGAAAAUGAGGAAGACAAAUUAUAUUCGCCAUGAUUAAAAAGUAUUAUUUGUGUAUGGAAACUGGAAAUGCAAAGAAAGCACGUGUGUAUGUCUAUAUGUUUGUCAGUGACAGUGAAUGUUAGAUCAAGAAUGUGUGCAAGUACAGUGGUAAGUCAAUGUGUAUUUAUGUGUGUAUGAAAGAAAAUGGGUGAAGUUCUUUCAUGUACGUGUGCUUACAUCUGCCUGUAUACAUACAUGUGCAUGCAUCCAAAAUAUGUUUAGACACCAUAAUGUCUCGUGUUGGUUUCCUGUUGCAGAAGUUGCAAAUCUUUAUAUGGCAAAUGGAUAUGUAAUGGAUGAGUUGAGUGCAUUUUUGGCUGGAAAUUGAUAACUCUCCUUAACCUUCUAGUCGUGAUCAUCAAUUAUUGUAGUGUUAGUAGUGAGCAUAGGUUCUGGGUACCUGCUGUGUUCUGAAUGACAUAUGGUAGCAAUAAUGAGUAUGAAAGUAGAUUACUAAAGAUGAAUGUUUAUUUAAUGAAUUUGGCACAAUUAAUAUUAAAAAGUUAUUAUUAAUAGAAAAGAAUUACUUCCAAAGAUUUUAAAGCACCCGUUUCCUGUUAGUCACAGUUGCUAUUCUGUUAGCAAUCAUCAGAUUUCAAGACAACAGCACAUAUGAGACUUCAUGUCAUCAAGAAAUUAAGUUUUUCUGAACAUAUUUUCUCCCUUAUUGUUGUCUCGUAAGCAUUUGUAUAAACACAAAUAUUAACAGCGGAUAUAUUUAAUAUUACAUAAAAAUUGCCAUCACCUAACAUAAUAGUUUCCUUGCUGUUGAGCAAUUUACACAUUUAUUAUAAAGAGAAUAUACCCCAUUAUGUCAGUAAUUAUAGUAAAGUAUCAUUUCUGGUUUCCUGGUGGAAUCAUCAUUAUCUAUGCUGUGAUGCAUUGAACAGACAACAAUAAAAUCUCAUCUCUUCUUAGGCACAAAAGAAUGUACUACUAAAUUCUUCAGUGUGUUGAGAAAUAACAUCUUCAAAAUCAGGGUCACUUACAUUGUGAAUUGCCAACACUGUCUCUUUUGAGUGAUGUCUGAUAACAUUUAACUUGGGAAUACUAGGAAAUGCAGCUCUUCAGUACACACAAAACCACUGCCAUUUGUCAUGACCCAAGGGGCCGAUGGGCAUGACUAUAAGUUUGAAACUUGAUUUUCUCAGUGAAAAUAUUCUUUUCUCUUGAAUUUUGCAUCCAAACAAUCUGAAUAAACCUUGGAGAGUAUAAAAGUAACAAUAUUCAUAUCUGAAACAAUUGUUGAAAUAAUUAUCUACAGUCAGUAAUUAUUUAUAUUAAUAAACAUUUAUUUUUGAAUUUUAAACUGAUAUUGUGC